AGGGGUCCCGGCUCCCCUUUCCCGCCUGGAAGGGGGCCUGCGAGGGCCGGUGCUGCUCUGGGCCUGGGACGCCCUGGCGCCCUGGCGCCCCGGCGCGCCGUCCUCUCCUCUCCGGCCCGCGGUCAGGAGCCCGUGUGGACACACCCCCGGGAAACGGAGGGAAAGAGGAACUGGAGAGGGUGUGAGGGAGGAUGGGGCUUGGGGUCCGGGUGGGGCAGGCGGCGGAGUGUGCGGAGUUGGGGUGAGGACGGAGGCGGUGGAGCUGGGGGUGCGAGGUGCUGAAGACAGUGGGGCUGACUGGUAUCGGGGGCCCAGGCAGGAUGAGGGUGCGCAAGGGAUGGAGGACCGGGCAGCGAGUGGGCGCGGGGGCGGUGCUGGGCAGAGGGGCGCUGCGCCUGCGAAGGCCCGCCCCUGUCCCCUCCCGCCCGUCCCGGGGAUGAGCCGCCGCGUCUGCCCGCCCCACGCCGAGGGCGGAGGCCGCACGCACGUCCCCGCUCCGCUCGGCGCCCGCCGGGUCUCCAACACAGCCCCCCUUCCGCUCCGGCCGCGGUACUCGGAGCCGCCGCGGUUUUACCCGAGGCCCGCGGCUGGUUCUGCUCCAGGAACAUGAACUGGGCGGCCGCCGUGUGCUGGGCUCUGCUGCUAGCGGCCACCUUCCUCUGCGACGGCAGUGCGGCCAAGGGCGGCCGCGGUGGGGCCCGAGGCAGCGCCCGAGGCGGGCGCGGCGCUGCGAGGGUGCGUGUGAGGCCGGCACCCCGCUACGCGGGCUCCUCCGUGCGCGCGGCCGCGGGGGCGGCGGCGGGGGCCGCGGCAGGGGCAGCCGCGGGCCUGGCUGCGGGCUCGAGCUGGAGGAGGGCCGCGGGGCCGACGGAGCUUGGCCUGGAGGAUGCGGAGGACGGGGCGCCUGGCAGCAACGGAACAGGGCGAGGCGUCUACAGCUACUGGGCGUGGACCUCAGGCGCAGGGCCCACAGGCCACAGGCACCUCUGCCCGCUGCUGGGCGGGGCCCUGGGCGCCCUGCGGCUGCUGCGGCCGCUGCGGCCCUAGGCCUGUGCCCUCCUCCCAGGCCUCGCAGCCCCGAUCGCCCUCCCCUCCCCUCCCCUCCCUUCCCCUCCCCGCAGCCAGGAGCCUAGAGCAACGUGGGCAGCGCUGGCCUCUCUCCCUGAAGCUGUGACACCUCCUGCCCGAGCCCCUCCCCAUCUCACAUCCUCCCAGGGGGCCCGCGGCCCCGCAGCUCCAGGAUACCCUGUCUCCUGCUGGGGUUAGUUCCCCAAGCCAGGACGGCAGGGGUCCUGCGGUUCCCACCCUGGUCCAUGCUGGCCGGGCGCCCACCACUCCACAGGCUGUUCAGGCCACCCCAGCUCCUCUGAGCCCACCCUGGACACUUGAGUGCUGUGGACGGUGCUGACCACCGGGCGGGGAGGCAGGUCCUCAGGCUGGGCUGGUUCUGCCACAGCCCAGAGGACAUGGUGCCCCCUGCUCCCCACAGAGGCAGCCCCAGGGACUGAAGGACUUGAGGAAAAGGGCUGGUCGUCCAUCCAGAAAGAAGGGGGCGCGUCUGUGGACCUGUGAGCCCAGCAUGGGCCAUGUUCUAAGGACACUCCCAGAACACCCUCACCCAGGGCCUGCCCGGAACCUUGCCCUGCCUGUGGACCCAGGGGCCGCAGCCCUCUCUGGGCAGACACUGCGAGACCCACUGCUGGGGGAACCGGGGGAACACGGCCCAGAGCAGCCUCAGAAGACACGAGGUUUGCCUCUAGCUCCCGACGCCCAGGGCAAGGCAGCCCUGCCUCUCAGGUGCUUUUCCCUCCAGCUGCCGGCCUGCCCCACGAGCGUGAACCCAGCCUGGGCCCAGGCUCGCCCGCACGUCCUCUGGCUAGAGGAGCCCCCGGGCCUUGCAGGACGGCUGCGGCCCGGCUCCUGGUCGGCCAGGCUCUGCUGUGCUAGAGCCUCUCGUGCCACAGGCCUGCCUCCAGAACCCACCCUUGCCUGCCCCGCGCCGCAGGGCCUGUGGACUCAGCUGACGGAUUCAUGUCCAGACCAUCAUCUCCAGGAGCCCUGGUGCUGCUGCCUUCCCAGCUGGCCCUUGGCUCUGGUUGCGGUCAGGGUCUCAAAUUAUCCACGGGGCCUGGACCAAGCAUUUCUGUCCAAAGGCCCAGGCGCCAAGCUGCAGGACUCAGCUCCCUGGAGCCUCCUGUGUCCACACUGCCAGCAUUCCUGGGUACGGCCCCCAGAUGCCCUCCAUCCUCCCAGACUGAGCUCCGGGCUCCGCAAAACCAGCAGGGGGUGGCCAAGCCCAAGCCUCAGAGGUAAUGUCUGAGAGUCUUAAACAGGAGGUCCCAUCGUCCUCCCUGAUGGGCCCGGCCGAGCUGUGCUCAGCCUCAGGUGCCCACGAGGACACGGGCUACGGCUGGGCCAGACCCUCUCACGCCUCUGCAGCGUGCACCACCAGCACACUGGACGUGCCGGAAACACCACUCAUGUUAAUUGAUUCCACUCAGCAACCCGACUUCAGGAGCGUUUGGCGUCUGCAGCCACACAUCCCUAAACACUUCCCACCCCACGGGGCAGGGCUCCGGCAGGAAGCACGCGGCGCUCGGGGUGGGCAGCCCCAGGCGAACUGGUGAGUGUGCUGGGCAGGGGCAGCAGGACCUAGAGGGCCGCCGCCUACAGGAUGAGGGGCCCUGGCGGAGGCCCGGGAGGGUCGCAACACCACUGGCCACAGAGAGCCGGAGCUGUGACCAGAUGCAGUACCCACACCCACCACCCUUCCCUCCCCGCCCGCUUCCAGAAUGUGCAGGCUGUGGUGGUGACCUUCCUGCCCUUCAGGUGUGAGCACAGCAACGCUGGGCGCCGUCUCAUCUGUUGGAAGGUGCUCGGAGGCGGCGGGAAAGCCUGGGGUCUCCACUGACCGCCCUGGCUUGUGCUCAAGCCAGGCUGUGAGCAGAGCGGCCCUGGGCACCAAGGGGACGGGGCUGCUGGCUUCUGCCACGGCUCCUCGGGACCUCCUGUGUGUGUGUGUGUGUGUGUGUGUGUGUGUGUGCACGCUUCAGUGGUGAAAUAAACUCUGCUGCCAACCA